GUGUUCAACGUAACUGACAACUGACUUUACUGAAAUGUGGACUGACUGGCUGACCACCAGACAGAUUCAAAGAUGAACUGUGUGUACUGAUGACUGAACUACCUCAGCCUUAAACAUGAAGAUUGCUGUGGAGGGUUGUUGUCAUGGUGAGCUGGACAAAAUCUACGAGACCAUUCGUUAUCUAGAAGAUAGAGAGGACCUCAAGGUGGACCUGCUACUUUGCUGUGGGGAUUUCCAGGCCGUACGCAAUGAGGGCGACAUGAAGUGCAUGGCUGUGCCGACCAAGUAUCGGCACAUGCAAACCUUUUACAAAUAUUAUUCAGGUGAAAAGAAAGCCCCUAUCCUAACCAUCUUUAUUGGUGGAAACCAUGAAGCUUCCAAUCAUCUUCAAGAGCUUCCUUAUGGAGGCUGGGUAGCUCCUAAUAUCUACUAUAUGGGCUAUGCUGGUGUGGUACGUUACAAAGGGAUCCGUAUUGGUGGACUAUCAGGAAUCUUCAAACCCCAUGAUUAUAGCAAAGGGCACUAUGAGUUUCCGCCUUACAGUCCAGAGACACUGCGUAGCGUUUACCAUGUCAGAAGCAUUGAUGUCUUCAAACUCAAGCAGAUCCAGAUGCCAAUGGAUGUGUUUAUGACUCAUGACUGGCCCCAAGGAAUCUAUCAUUAUGGCUGCAUGCAAGAACUGAUCAGGAAGAAGAAAUUCCUUCAACAAGAGGUUGAAUCCAGUACCCUGGGUAGUCCUGCUGCAGCUGAGCUUCUGGCUCACUUAAAACCAUCCUACUGGUUCUCAGCACACCUACAUGUCAAGUUUGCUGCUCAUGUGGAGCAUGAGGCUCAGGGUCACAAUACUCCUCGUACUACAAAAUUCCUGUCGCUGGAUAAGUGCCUUCCUCACAGGGACUUUCUACAGGUUCUUGAAUUGGCAGAGCGACCAGGAUCUUCUGAGCAACUGGAAUAUGAUCCAGAAUGGCUGGCUAUCCUUAAAGCUACUGACAGCUUGCAAAAAGUUUCCCCCAGUAUCUGGUUGCCUCCUGAGGACAACGCACUACAUGCAAAGUGGGACUUUACUGUUGCCGAAGCUGAUAUGAUGGAAGUUGUGAGUGACCUGGGGGGUGACCUCUGCGUCCCUGUGAAUUUCUCUCUUACUGUCCCUUCAUACGACCCCAUCCACCCUCAGCCCUAUACACAACCAUCUUAUCGAAUUAACCCACAGACUACAGAACUCUGUGCUACCCUUGGACUGACCGACAUAUAUGCUCAAGCUGGGCAGACUAGCCAGUUGAGACAAAGUGCAAGGAGAGAGGAUGAGGACAACUUGGGCAGUUGUGAGGAAUUUCCUUCAAACCCUGCUGACACAUCAGAGCUGUCAGGCUCCUAUAACCCAGAUGAAAUUUCCAUUGAAGAUGACUGGGACGAGGACAAAGGAGAGGAAGAUGGAAUAGCAGGGGAAAAGGUAACUGAUGAUACCGGAUUGGAGAGGGCAGUUGGUGUUGAGGAGAUUGACCGUGAAUACAGUUCUCUGCCCUCUGGGUCACAAAUCCUCCCACACUCUCUUUCCACCAAGGCUGAAGUAGUCAACCAGUCCCCAGGCUCCCUCUCAUUACAACUUCCUCUGCCCACCCAGUCCACUUCCCAGAACCUGCCUCACCCAGAAUUGCAAGAAGAGUGGGUAACACAGCCACCCAAAGUGCACAAACGUUGCAGUGAUGAAAAGGAUGUAGGUAAGGAUGGAACUAUUAAGAUUAAGAGAAGAAACCAGACAAUCUAUAUAGCCAAGCAGGACGAUGGAUAUGAAGAAAACUGAAUGUCCAUCCUUAUUGUUCUAUGGUUGGUUUAAUUCCUGUGAGAUUUUUUUGUCAAAAUACUGAAUUGUCUGUAUACCAAGUUUAGGAUCUUUUCUGUAUUGUGUACAUUCAUCUUAUGUUGUAUUUUCACAAUUUCCCUAAGACGCAAUUUAAUACAUAAGUAGACUGGCUUGUUUUGUAAUCAUAAAAUCUAAAACCGAAGAAGUUA